AUGAUGCGCCCCGUCGUCGCCAAGGCUUUGCGAGCAGCUGCUCGUCCCCAUCUUACAACAGCAACUGCCUCCCGUUCAGCUCUCGUUUUCACUCGUCAGAACCACGCGCACCAAGAAACCUUUGAACAAUUUUCCGAACGCUACGUUACCUUCUUCCAAAACGCGGAGGAUCUCUUUGAGGUGCAACGAGGGUUGAAUAAUUGCUUUGCGCAUGACCUUGUACCGUCGCUGCAAGUUGUAGAUGCCGCUGUGCGAGCUGCGAGAAGGGUGAAUGAUUAUUCGACGGCAGUCAGGAUUUUUGAAGGGAUUAGAGAGAAGGUGGAGAAUGUCACGCAGUAUCAGGCGUAUUUGCAAGAGUCGAAAGGGCUUAGAGAGGAACUCGGUAUCUCCACGAGGGAAGAGCUUUUCCCGAAUUCAUCCUAG